GUAUCGCGUCUGCCCAUGGCAUUCGCCGCCGCGGCGCGGAGGAGCCUCUGCUCCCGCCUCUCCGACCACCUCACCCGCCGCCUCCACCCCGCUCUCCCCCAUCUCCUCGUCCCCCACUCCUCCGGCGAUCCCCAAGACCAUUCUCCACUUCAACCCCCGGCCCGACUCCAACCACCCCACUUCCCGCUCUACCAAUCUUCUCGAACAGCCAAAACCCUAUCCCUUCUCCCCCUCGGCAUCCGUCUCGCCGGGCCGCCGCACCGCGGUUUCUCCUCUUCACCCUCCAGCCCAGCUUUUGAUGUCGGCGCGGUACUCACCGACGCCGCGGGUGCGGCUGCGGCUGCGGCCCCGGUGAGCUUCCCCAGCGAGGUGGCGUUGGCCGCGGAGAACUCGUCGUUAUCCACCGCGGCAGUGCAGCACCUCAUCGACGCCGUCCACUCAUCCACGGGGCUGAACUGGUGGCUUUCGAUUGCAAUAUCCACGAUGCUACUACGAUGCUUGUUGCUUCCACUGUGGAUAAUGGCCUUUAGAAGACUCAGGGUUGAUGAUAAAAAAUCAGAAAAAGAAGCUAUCCAUGGACAUGUUUUACUAUUAUUUAAAAGGUUGGGCCUUCUAGGCUUUGUUCCCAUAUUAAAACCAUAUGCUUUCAUGACUCUUUACUUUUCUAUAUCAAACAUGGUUGAGAAAGUCCCAUCUUUAAAAGAGGGUGGUGCAUUCUGGUUUACUGACCUGACAACUCCUGAUGCCUUAUACAUCUUUCCCGUGAUGACAUCAAUAUUCCUCAUGCUUAGAUUGGAGUUCUCUCGUCAUUAUUCAAAGCAAUCGAGGUCUAAUGACAAGGAUGUGAAUAGAGUAAUGCAUGUUUUGAGAACAUUAAUUCUUCUAACUAUCCCGUUGACAGCAAGCCUUCCUCAGGCAUUUUCUUGUUACUUCGUCACCUGGAGCUUUACAAGUCUUAUGCACAGGAUAGCUAUACGGCAGCCAGCUGUGAUAAAACGAUUAUUCGGCGAUCUCACAGUACCAACAAGCACAAGCCCCCCAUCUGAUGAAUCGAAGGAGCCAGCUGCCGAAGACCCUCCAAUGCCUAUCCAGCGACGUGAACAGCCUCAUCCCAUAGAGAGAACAAGAACUUCUGAUGCUAGCGUUCAUCGGAUCAGCGAUCAGUCCGAUCAGAAAUGAGCAAAACGCAACUAAAUUUUAGCCACUUACAAUUGCUGGAAUAAACUAGUAUACGUCAGGAUUAGAAUGGCCACUAACUGCCCUACUCCAACUGUACAGGUGCCUUCCUGUGUAUCUUAUUUAUUAUUUAGUAUUCUCUCUGUUCCAAAUUACGACUAGAUUUAUUUAUGAGCUAGUAAAUUUAGACACAUAUACAAAACAUAUAUACAUUGAUACAUGAAUAAAUCUAGACAAUAAUAUAGAACGGAGGGAGUGCUAGUAGCAAAUUGGUGUGGUCUGGUCAUCUUAAGCCGUUUUGUAAUACGUUUCAUCGAGGUUAACACAGAUGUUUGACAGUGUCAGUGACCACUGGAUG